AUGUUUGAGCAUUUUGCACCACGACAUAUCAUGCCGCUCUUGGUCGCAUCAGCCACGACCUUUGGCGGUGUCUGGCCAUUCUGGUCACCAAAGAACGCCAUGCUCGAGUUUGGCCUGCCUGAGCGAAUCGCUGCAUCGCCCGCUGCGCAUCCCGUCAUGGUGCUCUGCUCAGCGCGAACCACUGUUCUCGGCAUGCUCAUGUUCGUCUUUUACCGGCGCGAGAACUUCGCCGCAGUGGACAGUGUCAUGGCUGUCAUGGGCGCGUAUCUGGGCCUCGUGGAUGGCUACGUCUGCUGGAAGGAGAGAAUGCAUGGCAAGGCGGUGUUUCGCUGUGUCUCGGGCAUGGUGAUUGCGGCAUGGGGGCUGGCUGGACUGACCGAGGGAGGCUUUUGA